UACGUCCCGGUAUCAGCCCAGCAGCAGCAGCAGCAGUAAAUGUACAGUCCUCCACACAGUGUACACCACAAACACUGCAACUGUCAAGCUGCUGGUUUGUAACUUCAUACAAGAACAGUUAAUCUAGACAAAAGGUAACUUGUAACUAAUACUAGCUGCCACCUGCCUUCGCAAAAGUAAAACAUUCAUUUAAGGGCUCUUGGGUUAGCUAACAUCGUUAGCUAGCAUGCUGCUGCCUCAACACAUCAGACAACUGCUCUCGGAUUAAAUUCAUCUCGUCAUGACCGAGUUAAGAUGUCGAAAAACAGACACUGUGGAGGAAGAUAAAGAAGAGGACGAGUGCCCGAAUGAGGCUGAGUUGAAGACCACACAUACUAAUGAGCCGGUGAACACAGGGGAGGAUGAGGGCUGUGUGUCCAUUGGUGGAGAUGGAGAUGAAAAGCAGCAGAAAGAUGAGGGUGAGGUUAAAGAAGAGGGCGCUCAGCAUCAAGAGGAAGAAUCAAACAGACCAGAGUCAUCUGUCAAAAGAACCAAGAGUUCCUCUACAUCAGGUUUUUUGCAGCGCAUGGUGAGGGUGUUCUUUGGAUGUCUGGCAGCAGUUGCCUGCGGCAUGCUUUAUGCUGCUUAUCUGUCUGCAUAUCAUGACAGAAAGUUCUGGUUUUCAAGUAGACAGGAGCUAGAGCGUGAAAUCACCUUCCAAGAAGGCAGCGGGCUCUAUUAUUACUACUACAAGCACAUGCUGACUGCACCAUCUUUUGAAAGAGGGUUUUAUGAGCUGACGCUAGAUAACAGGACUGUUUCAGGUCAGACCAUCAAUGCAGUGGAGCGUUUUUCUCUGUAUCCAGAGCUCAUUACAAGCCUUAUAUACAGACUUACGGGCAGCCAGGAUUUUGUGGAGCCGAUCUACUUCUAUGUUGGAGCAGUUUUUGGCCUCCAGGCAAUCUACGUCACAGCUCUGUUUGUAUGUAGUUGGGUGAUGAGCGGCACCUGGGUUGCUGGCAUGUUGGCUGUGGCCUGGUAUGUGAUCAACAGACCAGAUACAACCAAAGUGGACUUUGCCAUUCCUCUGCGGGACAACUGGGCUCUGCCUUACUUCUCUUGCCAGGUUGCAGCUUUGACUGGAUUCCUGAGUAAUAACAUCAGCUCUGCCACUGAGAUGUUUUGCUAUCUCACCAUGAGUGCCACCACCUUCACAUUCCUCCUGGUCUGGGAAAACAGCCACUACGUGCUCUUCAUCCAGGGCCUCUGUCUUUUCUUGCUUGACUCCUUUGACCUGGUGCCACCACGUAAGAUGGCUGACAUUCACAAGGUGUACCUCAGCUCUUUGUUCCUGGCCUACUUGUUCCAGUUUCAGAACUCGACCCUGCUCAGCUCGCCUCUGCUCAGCCUCCUGAUUGGCUCAGUGCUCGCGAGGUACUUCCAGCAAAAGAUGAAGAUGGGACCUCUUGUGGCAAGAGUGAUGAAGCUCUUCCUCCAUUUCCAUCUAGUUUUUACCACAGGGAUCACCUUCAGUUAUCUGGUCAAGAAACUUAUACCUGUAAGUGAGAGUGACUUCAUUCUAAAAUUCCUUGAGGUCAAAUUUGGGCUUAACACAACAACUGACUUCAUCACCAACUUCCUCCAGUGCCAAGAGAAUUUUCAGACACCUGGUCAGGACUUAUUUCUGCGACUGACGCAGGCCUCAGUCCUUCCCUUUUACUUCCUGGUUCUCAUUGUCUGCUUGGUGUCCACCCUACAGACCAUUUACAGAAGACUCAGUGGCCAGCCAAUGAAAACCAACCUCAGACUUGAAGAUGGAAGAAUAGGAGAGCAGCCAGAGGUCAUUUAUCAUGUUUUCCACACGUUGCUUUUUGGAGGCCUGGCUCUGCUAUUUGAUGGGAUGAAAUAUUUAUGGACCCCGUACGUCUGCAUGUUUACAGCGUUUGGUGUGUGUUCUCCUGACCUCUGGAUGACUGUGUUUAAGUGGCUCAAACUGAAGUCCAUCCACCCUGUAGUACUGUCUCUGAUCCUGAGCACAGCGGUUCCCACUAUCAUCGGUUUCAGUUUGUGGAGAGAGUACUGCCCUCGUGUCUUAGCAGAGUUGUCUGAUCUGCAGGAGUUUUACGAUCCAGAUACAGUGGAGCUUAUCAGCUGGAUCAAGUCACAGGCUCCGGUGGCGGCUGUCUUUGCAGGCAGCCCUCAGCUUUUGGGAACGGUGAAGUUGUGUUCAGGUUCAGCUGUAACCAGUUUACCGCUUUACUCAGACAUUAACCUGCUGAGGAGGACUGAAGAUACUUACCAGGUGUAUGCAAUGAGAUCUGCAGAGGACAUCUACAAGAUACUGACCUCUCAGAAGACUAACUAUGUGAUCAUUGAGGAGUCGAUUUGUAACGAGCUUAGUCUUAAUAAAGGCUGUAGGAUCAAAGAUCUGCUCGACAUCUCCAAUGGACAUGUUGUUUAUGACAAAGGAGAGAUUUACUCUUUCUCCAAGCAUGGAAGAUUCUGCCAGGAGAUAAAGAUGAACUACUCACCCUACACAAACUACUUCACUCGAGUUUUUUGGAACCGCUCAUUUCAUGUGUACAAAGUGAACUCUGUCAUAUCCUUUCAGUACUGACAGCAACUCCAGCCACACUGAGCCUGGCUCUGCCCUUCUCCAGUGUUUCACAUCAUAUCCACAAUGUUACACAGAAGAUUCUGAAAAGAAGUCUAAUCACUGGUACCUUCCACAUCAUGGUGUAGAUGGUAAAGCUGAAAAUUCAACUGGGAUCAGCUGAGCACAUUGUACUGCUUUUGGCCUGUUUACUUAUAAUCAACAUAAAAUGGCCCUGUUUAGGUUGAAAUAUGCCAUAAUAAUCACUGUACUGUUGUUUUAUAAGCCAUGUGUUAAUGUUAUUUUGAUGUAUUUAAUGAAGGGAGAGGUUGAUAUGUGAACUCCAUGUGCUCACUUGGCACAGAUGCAGAGAGCAGCUGCUCUGACUUUUUUUGGGGGCUCUGCAAAAGGCAAUGGUGUAUGAUCUCUGCUGUUAAAAAGGACACCCACCUCAGUUAAGAGUUAGUAAAUAUGAUUCUCUGGGUCUUUCAUUAGUCGUUGAAUAUAUUUGAAGCUCAUGAGCACACCAGCAGCACUGGAAGAUAAAGAGCCUGUGAUACCAGACAUGAAAUGUAGAGUUGCUUUAAACACCAUGAAUGAAUAUUUGUAGACAGGCUAGUAUUAAAGUGUCACAUGUGCUCUGCCUUUCCCAUUUCAUUUUUUGUUUCAGAGUCACUCUGUUUUAUAUCCAAAUAUCAACUGAACAGCCUAGGACAGUAUAAACAACAUCUGUGGACUUUGUCUCAGCCUAUAAUGGUAGUGCAGGCUGGAUGUGAAGCUGCUCACCUCUGUAGCUUUGUGUUUACCAUUCUCUUCAUCUGGAGGCCUUAUUUUGAGAUGUUUGAAUUGACUGACAUCUCUUAUGGAUCACACCCUCAGCUGUAUCCGAGACUGACAGGUCCCCAUCCUCUGGUUCUUACGUCAAGUAUUUGGUGGUAAAUUCCUUCUGGUGCUAUCGUUCAAUUCUCACCAAUAACUGCUCCUCUGCAAAAGGCCAUGUAGUGAAUGUUAGGUUUUAUUGAAUUAUGUAAAAUAAAGGCGUGUAUACAGUG